AUGUCCCUCAAAUGUGCAAUUGACUUGGACAUUCCUGACAUCAUACACAAGUAUGGUCAACCCAUGCCACUCUCACAACUCACUGCUUCACUACCAAUCCACCCUUCCAAAGCCAACUGCAUCUUCCGCUUGAUGCGAAUUUUGACCCAUUCUGGCUUCUUCUCUCAACAAAAGCUCAACGAGAAUGAGCUUGAAAUGGGUUAUGUGUUGACUGAUGCAUCCACUCUACUACUUAAGGACAACCCCUUGAGUAUGAUACCGUUCUUGCAUGCCAUGCUUGAUCCAAUUUUGACAAAGCCAUGGCAUCACUUGCCUACAUGGUUCAAGAAUGAUGAUCCUACGCCAUUCCACACAGCACAUGAGAUGAAAAUUUGGGACUUGGCUGGUCGUGAUCCAAAACUUAAUCUCCUUUUCAAUGAUGCCAUGGCGAGUGACGCUCAACUGGUUGCCAAUGUGGUGAUUGAGAGGUGUGAGGGAGUGUUCAAUGGCUUGGAGUCACUUGUUGACGUUGGGGGAGGCACAGGUACCAUGGCAAAGGCAAUUGCCAAAUCAUUCCCUCACUUAGAUUGUACGGUAUAUGAUCUCCCACAUGUUGUUUCCGGUUUACAAGAAGCUGAUAACUUAAAAUAUGUUGGAGGUGACAUGUUUGAGUCCAUUCCUCCUGCAGAUGCCGUGCUGUUGAAGUGGAUAUUACAUGACUGGAAUGAUGAGCAGUGUGUGAGAAUACUGAAGAACUGCAAGAAGGGACUAAAGAGGAAGGUGAUUGUGAUCGACAUGGUGGUGGACAUUGAAAAGGGAGAUGAUGAAUCAAUUGAAACAUAG